AUGGCACCCGAAAUCAAAUACACUAAGUUGUACAUUGACGACGAAUGGGUGGACGCUAAGAGUGGCAAAACCUUCGAGACAUACAACCCUCAUGAUGGAUCCGUCAUCGCCAGAGUCGCUGAGGGGGAUAAGGAAGACGUAGACUUAGCAGUAGCUGCAGCAAAGCGUGCAUUCCAUCGCAACUCAGAAUGGCGUCUGAUGGACGCCUCCAAACGUGGGGAAAUACUUCGCAAGUUUUCUGAUCUCAUGGAAAGAGACGUCGAUUAUCUUGCAGAACUCGAGUCUUACAAUAAUGGGAUGGUAUUGAAGUACUCAAAAUCUUUUGUUGGAGGAUCUAUAAAUAUAGCCCGUCACUUGGCUGGCUGUACUGAUAAAAUAACAGGACAAACCAUUCCCGCAGAUGGCGAAGUAUUUUCUUACACCCUGAGACAACCUGUGGGCGUAUGCGCUAUAAUUUUACCAUGGAAUGGUCCUAUUUACCUAUUUGUUGGUAAAGUUUGCACGGCAUUAGCUGCUGGUUGUACUGUGGUGGUGAAGCCAGCAGAACAGACUCCACUUUCAGCACUGGCACUUGCAGCAUUGUUGACUGAAGCUGGCCUCCCCAAGGGAGUGGUGAACAUCAUUAACGGGUUUGGUCCUGGAGCUGGUACCAGUCUCACUCACCACAGCGACGUCGCUAAAGUUUCUUUCACUGGCUCUGUUGAAGUUGGGAAACUGAUUCAAAUUGCAUCUGGAGAGAGCAACUUGAAGCGUGUUACUCUUGAACUGGGUGGCAAGAGUCCCUUAAUUAUAAUGAAUGACGCCGAUUUGAAAACGGCCGUUCAGUUUGCUGCACAUGGAAUUUUCUUCCAUCAAGGGCAAGUUUGCAUAGCAGCUUCUCGUUUGUUCGUACAGUCCGGAAUUUAUGACAAGUUCGUCGAAGCAGCAGUGGAGCACGCAAAAGGAAUCAAGGUUGGGAACCCAACUGAUCCUGACACAGAAAAUGGCCCUCAGAUUGAUGAAGCCAUGAUGAACACAAUUCUGGGAUAUAUCGAGAAAGGAAAACAAGAAGGUGCGAAGUUAUUGUGUGGUGGCAAAAGAAUUGGUACCACUGGUUAUUACAUUCAGCCCACAGUAUUUGGGGACGUCACUGAUAACAUGACUAUCGCGAAAGAAGAGAUCUUUGGUCCAGUACAAAGUAUUCUGAAGUUUGAUACUUUAGAAGAGGCUAUUGAACGUGCUAAUGCUACAAACUAUGGGUUGGCAGCUGGAAUCUUCACAACAGAUCUUAAUACCGCGAUGCAGUUCUCCAAGCACGUAGAAGCUGGUACUGUUUGGAUCAACACAUAUUUACAAUUAACGCCACAGAAUCCAUUCGGAGGUUUCAAAGAAUCUGGAAUCGGACGUGAAAAUAGUUUGGAAGGCAUUCGACAAUUCACCGAAACAAAAACUAUUGUUCUAGCAUUGCCUAAGAAGGUCUGA